AUGACCCAGUACAGCCAGUGCUUUGUUGAGGUGAACUUGGCCAAGCAACCAGUGCUCUUCAAGAUGUUGGUCGAACUGGGACAUGGACCUCGCCGGAAUGAGGAUGGUGACCUGGCGGUGCGUGUGAAGGAAGAUCGACAUCGGAAACCUGAAGAGGUGGUCGCUGCCUUGUCUCAACCUCGGAAGCCGAAGGAAGUGAAGGAAGUGAAGGAAGAAGGCUAUCCUUCCGUUGGCCGACCGAGGCCGCAGUGCCGGAGAAGGAACUCUCCAAGCCGCGGCGGACUGCUGCCGAACAGCGUGCCUACUUGGACCGGCUGCUGA